AUGUUUCCUUUCUGCGAUUCCCCAAGCCCCAUGGACAUACCGCUUUACCAACAGCUUCAGCUCAGCCCUCCCUCUCCGAAGCCGGACAACCAAUCCAGCUUCUUCUACUACCACCCUUGCUCCCCUUCCUUCGCCGCCGGCGACACGAUCGGCGCGCCGGUGAUGCACCCGUUCAUGGACAUGGAGCAUCAGCAGCAGCCGGCGGCGGCCACCAAGGCGGCGGCGGUGGACGACGGCGCCGGCAGCAAUGAGCAAGGCGUCGCCGGGGCCAUCGGCGGCCUCGACGGCGACGGGGCGGCGGCCGCCGCGAGGAAGGACCGGCACAGCAAGAUUUGCACGGCCGGAGGGAUGAGGGACCGGCGGAUGCGGCUGUCCCUCGACGUCGCCCGCAAGUUCUUCGCCCUCCAGGAUAUGCUCGGCUUCGACAAGGCCAGCAAGACGGUGCAAUGGCUCCUCAACAUGUCCAAGGCCGCCAUCCGGGAGAUCAUGAGCGACGACGCCUCGUCGGUCUGCGAGGAGGACGGCUCGAGCAGCCUCUCCGUCGACGGCAAGCAGCACAGCAACCCGGCCGACGCAGGAGGCGGCGGAGAGCACAAGGGCGCCCACAACCACAGUAACGGGAAGAAGCCAGCCAAGCCGAGAAGGGCAGCGGCCACCCCCAAGCCACCACGGCGGCUGGCCAAUGCGCACCCCGUCCCCGACAAGGAGUCGCGGGCAAAGGCGAGGGAGCGGGCGCGGGAGCGGACGAGGGAGAAGAACCGGAUGCGGUGGGUCACGCUCGCCUCCGCAAUCAGCGUCGAGGCGGCCACCGCGGCGGCGGCGGCGGCGGAGGACAAGUCGCCGACAAGCCCCAACAACCUGAACCACUCGUCCUCCACCAACCUGGUAAGCACUGAAUUGGAGGAAGGCUCCUCGUCAACGCUCCACAACGGCGGCGGCGGCGGCAGCGGCAGCAGGAUGCAAGAAAUCUCGGUGGCCAGCGAGCCGAGCGACGUGAUCAUGGCCUUCGCCAACGGCGCGUACGGCGACAGCAGCAACUACUACCUGCAGCAGCAACAACAGCAGCAGGAUCAGUGGGAGCUCGGUGGCGUCGUGUUCGCCAACUCGCGGCACUACUGCUGAGCUGAUCCAUGGAUGGGCACCUACUACCAGCCGCCUAUCCACGCACGCACGGUACGGCACUAAGAUCGACAAACUCCUGCAGCAACAUAUAUAUUAUCCUUGCUUCUCAAGAGUAAUAAUUCUUGCUGUCUUAAUUAAUCCGGGUGUGUAUUGAUUCCCUCUUCAUUAUUUGUCGCCUUAUCCGGAGUUGACUGUGAGAAGACGAUGAACUUGGUUUGGUCAUCGCAUGGUGUCCAUUGCAUACAUAGCUAGCACUAUCGUGUGAUCGCUGAUUCAUCAAUGGAGUCCAGUAUUAAUCUGUGUGCAUGUUCUGUAAAUUAACUGAUAAUUAAGCUGUAUACCUCGAUCAAGGAGGGUAUCAAACGAUGCCUCUCCUGAAUGAGUGAAAUACAGCUAGUUUAUUAUAGUUUCCAAAAGUUGAGACUUAUUACUGUAUUAGGUCAGAUCUUCCUAUUCCAAUCAUUAAUAAGAGGCAGCAUGGUGGAU